AUGUCACUCGCAAACCACUUGUUUAAGGCUCUCGGCGAGGGUCGUUCAUCUGCCCUGGGUGUCGUGACGAGUGCCCAAGCUGCUGUGAAGGAAGCUGGCCGGCACAACGUCUCCAGAGCCACGUCCAAGAUGUCCAAAAUCACAAGAAGUAGAAAUAAUGUCAACCGAGAUCUAUCAAGAUUUGUGAAGCUGCCCUUGGCGAUGUCCGAAGUGGAAGUUCCCCUCCUCAAAGCUCUGGACCCGAACCCGGACAAUGCUGAACUGACCAAGCUGCCUUUCUACGACCCACACGAGCUGCUGAACUGGUUGGUCAGCACAGGGCGUGUAGAUGUCAACGAGAACGACAUUAAGACAUGGUGGGAGCACUUCCAUCGACUUGAUGUGGAGUGGGCGCGCAACUUUCGUGAUGAGGAUUGUAAAUGCAUCCCGGUGUCUGUUUACGGAGACACAGCACAGUUUACGAAGGAGAACGACAAGUUCACAGCUCUUCUUCUUGGAUUUCCUAUGCGGAAAGUCAAAGGACGGCCUUUUCUGAAGACAUUCAUGUUUUUUGUCGUCAACAGUUUCAGGAGCUGCGGUGCUGCGACCAUGAGACCGGUAUACCACCGGACGAUGUGGAGCUUGACCAUCGCCUAUCGAGGCCGGCGGCCACAAGUCGGCCCUGACAAUAUGGCAGACAGCGUGCCGGCGAUGUAUCGCAAGCUCAAACCUGCAAUGCAGUACCGAUUUGCUUGCGUCCAAUACAAAGGGGAUUGGGAAUACCACGAAAAGUGCUGGGCACUCCAGACCUACUGGCGCACAAAGAGGAUCUGCUUCCUGUGCCAUGCUUCCUUGAACGCACGGCAUGGCACAUGCUACACUCUUUUCGGCGCCGCCUUCACGCGGAGGACCCCCGUCGACAUGAUCCUGAACUCGAUGCCUGCCCAACCCAACCCGUUGGUGCUAGUGCCAGGAUGGCACCCGCAGCUGCUCAGAUACUGCGCGAUGCACUCUCUCCAGCUGGGUAUCUACCAGAUAGUCACUGCUGAGUCUCUGUUGUGGCUUUGCCGUCAUGGUGUUUUUGGAGGCCCCCAUUUGGACAUCGACGUGCGCCUCGCGAAUGCUUAUGUCGCAUUCAAGUCGUGGAUGGCAAGCUCACGCUUGACAUGCUCAGGGCGGAUGUUCAGUUCCAAGCGCCUCCACCUCUGCAGCACCGACUAUCCAUAUCUAGGAUACAAGGCGUAUAAUACGAGAGUGGUGCUUGCUUUCGUGGCCGCGCAGUUGUGUGACAACCGUGUUCAAGACACGAUGCGGGCGUCUAUGGCUGAGACCGAUCUUGUGCUGCACGAGAUCAUUUGCACAUGUGUGUACGAGGUCAGCCAAUUUCAGAAUGAGAUGGAAGACGCUGCCUCUUUAUUGACUUCGCAAGAAGCACAGAGCCUUUACCGACGAGGCCACCUCUUCUUGAAGCUCUUUCGGGAGGCGGCGCUGAUUUAUGUGCGGCGGCAAGAACUGCAUUGGUUCCUGCGCCCGAAAAUGCACACAUUAGACGAGAUGCUCCGCAGCAUCCUGCUGGAAA